AUCACUGCCCAAAUAUCUAUCGAUCUUAGAAAAUCUCUCAAGAACUCCGGUUCCGAUUCCCUUUCAGGCCAUUUCUCCUUCCUUGCAUCAUUUGAUGGAUAAAGGAAAGGGUUUGGAAUCCGUACAGAGAUCCUUUCAGAGUAUUGAUUUGACUUUCAAUUCGAGGAACCCUAACAAGUUGGCCAAGAAUUAUACCCCUUUGCUGCUAUCGUCCUGGUCACCUUUGGAGAAGAGAAAACCUCCUGCUCUUGUAAGCUUGUGUCUUGGAAUUAUAGGCAAACAUCUUGAGGAUAUUAUUGAGGAUUUAGAUCUUGUGGCCAGUUUCCCACCAGACAUUAAGAUGACCAUAACAGCCAUUGCAAGAAGAAGAAAGCUGCUAAAUGAUGAUGUGGUCGUUGCAUUGGCUGAAAGCUCAUGGGAAAUUCUCGAUUUAUCAGAUUCAGAAGUCUCAGAUAUCGGUUUAUUGAAAGUGAUAGGGAUUUGUAGCCAAUUAAAAGCUAUGGACAUAAGUCGUUGCAGCAAGAUCACUCCAUUUGGUGUUUCAGAACUUGUGAAAAAUUGCCCUUGUCUAGAGAUAUUAAGAUGGGGAGGAUGCCCAAGAAGCGAACACACUGCACGCAACUCUUUAAGCAUCUUGAAACCAACAUUGAAUGAUGUUGAAGGCGAUUCAUGGGAAGAACUUGACACCACAGAGAUCAUACAUGGAGCACAAUCUUUACGUUGGCUUGUAUGGCCAACAAUUGACAAAGAAUCGUUAGAGAUUUUGUCAACCGAAUGUCCACGUAUUAUAGUGAACCCGAAACCAUCAUUCUUUGGGCACAAAGGGAUUGAUAUUCCCAAACACGCGUUACCUGGUGUUGCAUUGGAUGAAUUUAUUGUAGAAGAUAUCGACCCAAAAACAUGGGCAGUUUCAGGAUCUAAGCUUAUAAGGACAAGUCCACCUGUUUUGAGCUCAAUUGAGUUGCCAAUUGCUGAGAAAUUUAGGCUUGCAUUUGUUGAGAGAGAUGCUAGAUUGGCUCCUAAACGUGCAAAGAAUGCUAGACAACGACAACGAAGGGCAGAAAGAGAGUGGGUGACAACAAGUACAAGUGUCAAGUCCAUAGUGCUUGCUGGACAAUUGAGUAAAAAUUUACGUAGUUAGUAUGUAUCUAUAGUGAAAGGUUGCAAAAGUUUUAUAGAAUUUUGUCUAUGUAUAUCAUGUUUUACUAUGUUGUAGCAAUUUAUGCAUGCUAUGUUGUUUUGGUUGCAAGAUGCUUAAAUGUUUGCAUGCACUGCCAUACAGUGUCUACCGUUGACUGCUGUCAUUAACUCUUUUAUAAAAUAUGUGAAAUUUUCAUAUAAUAUAUGUGUUUGAAUUCA